CGGUCCCAUUAGUUUGAAGUCUCUUCCGUUCCCAUUCGUGAAAACUUCGCCGGGUCUUCUACACAUCUCCAGAGCUGCGACAAAUCAGAGGACUUCUUCAGAGGCCAGAGCUGCGAUAGAGGACUUCUCCCGCCAGAGGAUUUCUCCACAACUUCGACAACCAGAAGAGUAUCCCUUCGACCCUUCAGCCCUUCUCCAUCGAAUCUUGCUGAGUCUAUAAGGCCCUGGUUAUAUCGAUCACACCUCUCUUGGAGGUUGAGCUAUCAAGCAAAUGGGUGAUGCCGGUGAAUUGGGCUACAAACCUCCUCCUGAUUUUGAAGAGGAUAAAAGAGAUCCACUGGUUGUGUUUAACUUAACAGAUUCAACUGAACUCUGGCUCAUGCAAUGGCCCCUAAAUCAUGCUAAAGAUUUUGAUGGGCAAGAAGUGUCACUUGAGCUUAAUCGUGAUGGAAAUUUAGGCAGCUUUGUGAGUCCUUCUGGAAAGUCUUAUGAUGUUUACAGUUUAAAAGCCCAGAAUCCAGAGCUAACAGUGUUUUCAUCUUCUUCAGAGGCUAAAGUUGUUGGAAAGUUUUCGAGGGAUGUUUCGUUUAUACACUAUCCAGAGCCCAGUGAAUAUCAGAAAAAGAUCAAAACUGGUUUGAAGGAGCUAGCUCAAAGAUCUUCAACCAUCACAAAGACAGCAUCAACUUUCCAUCCCUCGAGUGCUACUAAAAGCAGUAAGCAAAAACUCUUGCAAUCUACAAGUGUCUAUACUGCCUCUGCUCCUAAAAGUCAACACAAGAGUCCCUCAUCCAAACCAGCGGAACGGCCUAAGUCUCCCACGGAAAGAAGUGGCGGUGGGCAUCCAACAUCCGCUGACCAGUCAUUGCAGGAUUCUAAAAGAGCUAAUAGUUCAAUAACCACUUCGGGAUCAGCAGGGCGUUCUCUAGAAAAAAAGUCAAAAAAGGUGAGGAAUAAGUGAGCCUUCAAAUUGAUACAAUAUUCUUGAAGCAACUCGUUUUAAAUCCAUUUAGUCAAAGUUAGCAAAUGUGUUUGCAAUUUAAUGACUUUUAAGAGUUGUAUCCUGUUAAAUAUUGAAUACUAGAAAAAGAAGACUUCAAUUCCAGUCCCAAAGGUUGGAUGAUACUCUGUUCUCCGCUUCCGCAUGGGAGUAGUGCGUGGACUCCUCUCUGGGUUUUGGAUUACUUUUUGAUGAGCAUUGUUAGUAUGUUUAAUUUUAUUUGGGAAAGUUGAAUACAAAUUGGGUUAGUUCUGACUUUUGAACUCGGAAAAUGCUAUGGAUAUAAAUUAGAGAAAAAUAUGGGACAAAAAUAAUGACGGUAAUUUAUACCGUACAGCCGGCUGUACCUAAGGCAUGGUACAACCGGGUUUUUUUGUAAUUAUUUGCAAUUCUAAUGGCAAAGGUAAGGUGUUAUGUUCU